ACGUAGUAUCCAGCAUAUCAUUAAAAACCCGCCUUUCCCAUGGCUGUACCCCCGUCAAUGCAACUAUAGACACUCCAGGAUAGAAGGAAACGUGUUUGAUCCUUCUUCACUUGCCCACGUAAAUUUCGCUUCUUUCUCCUUCUCGGUUUCUUUGAAAUGCAGAUACCGAAAACCCGAACAGAUGCAGAACUGAGCACCACAAAAGCGGGGCUUUCACCAUCUCCGCCGGAAGCCCCGCCACGCACCGCCACCGCGCGCGUUAUCUCCGGACGAAAUGGAGAAUUCUAACAGGGCUUCAAGCUUGAGCUAUGUCACUGACAUAAAUGGAAAUAUACCAUCAACAUACUCCUACUCUCUUCCAGUGGAGUCAAGAGGGAAGCAGAAGACUGAUGAAGGUGUAAGCCACCAUCAACGUUGUUUGUCUGAAAGCCUUCUCAUGGAAGAGGAACCCUUCUGGAUUGAGGAUCUUUUGAGCGAUCCAGUGGACGUAGUACAUAAAGGUCACAGGCGCUCAGCAAGUGAUAGCUUUGCAUACUUAGGGGCAUUUGCAGAGGGGUUGUAUGUGAAUAUGGCACCUGAUCUUAAGAGUCUAACCCAAUUUUCAAGUGACACAACUUCAAUUUCUCCUAAUGAGAAGAUUCAUAAGGCUUCACAUGAAUCUACUACUAGAGGGGGAUCAAUGUCUAGCGGGAAGCAUAGAAAAGAGGAAUCUACUUCACAAAAUGCUGAGAGCUCAUCUGAAAAAGCAAACAACCCACAAUCAAAAUCUUCUAUGUCAAAAGCGGAGACAAAACGUGCUAAACAGCAAUCUGCACAUAGGUCAAGGGUUCGAAAGCUUCAGCACAUAUCUGAACUUGAAAGAACAGUCCACGCAUUGCAGGUAGAAGAAUCUGUGGUAUCAGCUGAGCUUGAGUUCAUUGACCAGCACAACCUCAUACUGAGCAUGGAAAAUAGAGCCCUCAUGCAAAGACUGGACAGCUUAUCACAGGAGUUUUUCAUAAAACACAUGGAACAAGAAAUGUUAGAGCGCGAGCUUGUAAGACUACAAACUCUCCAUCAGCUACAGCUGCACCACCACUCAAACCACCUGCAUAGCAGAAGUAGGGAUCUUCUUGAAGGGCAGUUUACCAACCUCUCCUUGAGUAACAAUGCUGUCAGUUCCAGCCGGAUUGGUCCAACCAACCGUUCAGUCUGGAUCCAAUAACACAUCAGUCUCCCCAUAGCUUUGUAUGGUUUGUUUUUUGGCCCAACUUCAUCCUGCCUUGGUGAUAGGCCCUAGUCUUCUUAGGCCAUUUACUUCUCUUUUUCGAGGACCAAUUGGAAAGCUAAAAGAAAGCCUUUAGGUAUUCUUUUGGAAGUUUUAUCUUUUAAUUUAGGAGGGGAAAUGAACACAUUGGCUCUUUAAAAUCAGUUCGGACUUUCAUAUUUCAA